UUUGUUAGCUUGCACUGCGUUCGCUGUCGACGACGACCGGCGUUGUCAGUGACUCACACAAUGCCCUCGCCAAUUGCCCUCAGCCCAUCCUCGCCGCCUCCGUCUCUCUUCCUGAAGAAGAAGAAGUCUUCCCUUUCCCAGAUUCCUCCCUUCCCCACUGCUGCCUCGUAUCUCUCUGCACUCCAUGAAGCAGACGCACGGGCCCGCGGCCAGGUUGUCACCCCAACUUCUACUCCUCCGCUCUCUAUAUCCUCUUCUCUGACCUCUGCCUCGGGUGAUACUGUCCUCAACGAGCCUGACGCUGACCGCUCCGGCCUCACAUACCCCCUCACAGCUCCCACCUCCGAGCAGGUCUUCACCACAGUUCACACAGAAUUUGGCCAUUGUGCCAACCAGGACUAUCGCUGCGUUUCUCAACAUGAUUCUGAAAAACCAGUCGCAGAGCACAAGAUCGAGGAACCCCCGUACUAUAUUCUGUUUACAACAUACUUCAGUUACCUGCUCCUCAUCAUCUUCGGUCAUCUCCGCGACUUCUUUGGAAAACAAUUUGCCAAGUCCUACUUUACUCACUUGGUGCCGUAUAACGGAUACGCACCUCUGAAUUCCGACUUCGACUCGUUCUACACGCGGCGCCUCAAGCGCCGCAUGGACGACUGUUUUUCUUACCCUGUGACGGGUGUCGCUGGUCGAACCAUCCUGGUUUACGAUCGCUACUCUGAAGACUGUAACUAUACUCAGAUAUACCCAGGGACGAAGACCCGAGCGCUCAAUAUCUCAUCGUAUAACUACCUCGGCUUCGCUCAAACGAGCGGCGGGUGCGCCGAUGCAGUCGAGGAAUCCAUCAAACGGUAUGGCAUCUCGAUGUGUGGAACCCGUCGGGAAGGGGGCACAUGCGACCUCCACCAGACCGCGGAGGCGUUGGUCGCUCGGUUCGUCGGCAUGGAGGAUGCGCUGAUCAGUUCCAUGGGAUUUGCGACUAACUCGACGUUCAUUCCCGCUUUGGUGGGCAAGGGUUGCCUCGUCAUCUCGGACGAACAUAACCAUGCGUCCAUCCGAGUGGGUGUGAGGCAAAGUGGUGCACACGUGCGGAUGUUCAAGCACAACGACAUGGACAGUCUCGAGGCGCUAUUGCGGGAAGUUAUCAGUCAAGGUCAGCCCAGGACGCACCGACCGUGGAAGAAAAUACUUGUGAUUGUGGAGGGCCUGUAUAGUAUGGAAGGCACUAUGGUCAAUUUACCAAGGGUCGUCGAACUCAAGCAAAAAUAUAAGUUUUACCUCUUCGUCGACGAGGCACACUCCAUUGGGGCUCUUGGACCCCACGGCCGUGGAGUGACAGACUAUUUCAAUAUCCCGCCUCGUUCUAUCGAUGUCCUAAUGGGUACAUUCACCAAAUCCUUCGGGGCUGCCGGUGGAUACGUUGCCGGGUGCAAAGAACUCAUCAACAGCCUUAGGUUCCGUGGCCAUUCAGGACCAUAUGCUGAAGCGAUGACACCCCCCGUUCUCAUGCAGGUCGUUGCCAGCAUGGCCAGCAUCAUGGGCGUUGCUUCUCCAACGUCCUCUAACCCGAAGGCUUCCUCGCAAGCGCUUACAGUUGCUCCACAAGCAGACGAAUACAUUCAUCCGGGUAUGGCACCCGCUUCCUCCCUUCCUACUUGGCUUUCCCUACCCCCUUCGCUUUCUGACGGGUCUGAGGCCCGUGAGCGAAUCCGCCGGCUAGCAUUUAACAGCCGUUAUCUCCACGCAGGUCUGAAAAAGCUCGGUUUUAUCACCUACGGCCAUCCCUUCUCCCCUAUCGUGCCCCUGUUGAUAUUCAAUCCUGGCAAGAUGGCAACCUUUGCACGGAUGAUGAGGGCCAGGCGGCCGACACCCAUCGUUGUAGUGGUCGUGGCGUACCCCGCUACACCGCUAGUCACCAGUCGAGUCAGGUUUUGUGUCAGUGGGGCGCACACCAAGGAUGACAUCGACAUAAUUUUGAGAGCUUGUGACGAGGUAGGAGAUAUAUUGGAUUUGAAGCAUGGACAUGGGGAGAGGUGGCCGCUAGAAGAGAUUAUGAAGAGGAGUGUGGAGCUCGUCAAUUCGCUCUGAACCUGUGCAUUAAUUUUUUGAGUUGUGGCACUCUAUUUACGCUUAGAUCGUCAUGACAUUUUGUUACAGCACAAUGAAAGGUUAAUACAAUGUAUACUUAAGCUACUCCUCUACUUGGCGUGUCUAUGCUUCCUGGAAGGCCUGUAUGGUCCUUUUUUCCCUUAGUAUGAGGCAGAUGACUGCUCUCAGGCCAAAAAGUAUGUGCAACUUCUGUACCACAGCUGGGCUUACAUGUAGGGCAAAACUUGCAAUGAAGUACCAGGUCGACUAAACUUCAGAUUAAUCCUACCUAAAUAGGUAUUGGCUCGGAGCCAUGCUUAUUUCAAGUUUGAG